AUGAUCCCAACACCAACCGAUGUUGCUGCUGCUGACGUGUCGAUUUGGACAAUCAAGCGAGGGGGGCAGGGCAAGAGGUGGGGGGAGGAGGAGGAAGAGGAGGAGGAGGAGGAGGAGGAGGAGGAGGAGGAGGAGGAGGAGGAGGAGGAGGAGGAGGAGGAGGAGGAGGAGGAGGAGGAGGAGGAGGAGGGAGACGGAGAGGAGGAGGGGCCAAAGCAGAGGCAAGAGGAGGAGGAGGAGGAGGAGGAAGAGGUGGAGUUGGUGGUGAUAGGGCAGAGGGGCGUGGUUGUAGGAAGCGGGGAGAAGACAAGAGCGAUGCUGCUGGGUGCUGUUGGAGUGGCGGAGGAGGGGGAGGAUGAGGAGGAGGGAGUAGCUUUGCUGGUGGAGAAAGUGAAAGAGGUGAAGAAGGAAGAGGAUUUGCAGGAAGAGGAGGAGGAGGGAGAGGAGGGAGAGGAGCGAGAGGAGGGAGAGGAGGAUGAGGAGGAAUUGGACGUGGCAUUCGAGUCGAUGGAUGAGCCUUGGGAGGAAUCGGAGGAAUCAGCAGAGGAGGAGUUGACCAGCGAAGCAUCACCUGAGAGAAUGAAAGCACCACCGCUGCCAUUGGCAGCAGCAGCAGGGAGCAGCAUGAGGGACAAGGCGUCAACCAUAGUGGCAUUGGCUCCUCCCUUCACCUGCAGCACCACCGUCGUCGAUUCCCCUGCUGCCACGAACUGGAUGGCCGCCACGUGGAACGACAGUGCUGCUGCGUACGCUGCAGGUGGAGCAGCAGAACCCGCAGCAGCAGCAGCAGCACGAGCAGCACCGGCGCCAGCAGCAGGAAGAGUAGCAGCAGCAGCAGCAGCAGCAGUGGCAGAGGAAGCAGGAAUUUCCGUGGAGGCACCUUGUGCUUGA